AUGUAUGAUAAUGAAUAUAUCAUCCCUCGUCCAGAGGAGAGCCAGUGGGCUAAGAAUAUUGAUAUGUUGCUGGAAGGUUCGACAUGCUGGCAAUAUCUUGUAAAGCUUAUUAGGGGACUCAGGACUGAGGAAGGUACCAACGCACUGCAGAAGCUGGUCGUCCUCUCAGAGUUUCCCUCUUCGGCUGUGGUUCUCUAUCUGCUAACACCUGUAGAAAGUAACAAAGCCAAUGAUAUAGGUGACAAUUUAGCCAGUAUACCUGAGUGUGCUUCCGUUGUCUCUCGCCAUCCGGAUACGCCGGUUCUAUGGAGCCCAGCCCUGGCACAGCUAAUUGGUCAAACCCAGCGCAAUCUCGACCUGAUUGGAACUGUCAGUGAGCUCGAAGAUCUGACUUCUACGCACCCAGUAGUUACGUUGAACUCUAACACUUGCUACAUCACGAGUCAAGAUGAAAACGUCGCAGUAUCAUACGAUGGAAGAGACAAUCCUACGCUGAGUACUCAGCCUGCGAGCUACGCUGUGGCCGUGCGAAAAUCUCCCCCAGACGGGCUGGGUAUUCUGAGAGAUCUAUUGUCAGGAACUUGGGAAUGUUUUCGUCCUUCCCCUCACCAUUUUAGAUAUACUCGUCAAAUAGCGCCAAUAUGUGAGCGUUAG